CUUGACAGAAAGCCCACAGUCUGUAUGUUCAACUUCAUUAAAGAACGAUUCAAAUAUUAACCGAUUAAAAGAUUGGUUUGCAAAAGUUUAGGAGUAAACAAACCUGGUCGGCCUACCGACACUGGUAAGGUUGAAAUAAACCUGAAACGAUUACAACAUCUGCACCUCAUAACAAUUAGGAUAUUGCUCUCUUCUUGUUGUUGUUGUGUUUGAAAGGUAAAAGUACUUUCGCACGGUGAGAGAAGGGGGAAAGGCGAGGAUCUGGGGAAUACUCAAAGAAGGAUUAAAAGCUGUUCCAUUGUCAACGCCAUUUCUCUGUCGACAUGGAAUACUUGAAACAAAAGAAAAUAGUUCAUGCAGAUGAGACUACAGGACAACAUAUUUUAACUCUUAGAGAGAGCAUAUCAUCAAUUAGGGAUAGGAAAAAUAUUAAGAUAAAUAAUUGGUAAGUGUAAAGGCACCUUACUUUGCCAUUUAUUUGCAGUGGUUGCCGCCAACUUUCAGUAUAGACCCAAUGGUAUAUACCCUAAUGUCUACGCUCAUUAAUCUUUAAAUGUCGUAUAAGUGAGCCCAUUCUAUGUCAGUGAAAGCUGUCAAACAAUAGGCUUCCGAGAAAUAUAACAAGACAAACAGAACCUGGUUAUCAAACAGUUUAGGGAAUAUAUUAGAGGUCAAGUUCCAUAUUUUCAACAGCUGCACUAUUCUUUUGCUUUCUUGACAACUUCAUAGAGUGAUGUCACGAAAAAUAAUUUUGUAUUUAUCGUAAAACUGAAAUAAAUCUGUUUACAACUCCAAUUUUAUGGCAAUGUAACGGUUUCCUUUUCCUUGCACAGAUACACCAAUCUAAAAAAAAAAAACCUCUUUUCAUAGCUUUCUCUAGGUUACAAGUCAGCAAUAGUCGGUAGAAUAUUUCUUGGAGGCCAAACGAAAGCUGUCCACACACAGACACAGAGAAGGGUUACAGUUAAUGACCUGUCAUUUCUGAGAAGUUGUCUUGCAGGUGGGGGAUCGAUUCUGGCGAGCGUUGAUGUUUUGUUUACCGCGUCGGUUGCUAGCCUCGGUUCACCAGAACUUUUCUUCCUGAGCUGUGCUAAGUCCUAUUUAUAGCUUCAGUUCUGGCCUGGACAUGUCUGUACCUGAGUCCAUGGCGCAGGCGAGCAAACAAACCAUUGGUGGGAGUCUAUGUAAAUAGUCAACUUGUUGCUGUUUGUUGUGGGAGUUAGGCGUGUCAACAUUGUCGGCUUGUAGACACCAACACCUUAAUGUAAGGUAUCGAGAGUGUUGGGAACAUCUUUCAGUUCUCGAGGAGACACACUGGUAGCCACGUCAGACUACUGGUGGUAAGUGAGACUGGGUUCCAAGUCCUUUAUCGUGACUUUCUUUUCUUUAAUUGAUGUAAACUGAGCUUCUGGAUACACAUUUUCUUCAAGAAAACAAUAUGUAAACUUUAUCUUUGUAACUAAAUUAAUUCAUAAUACUUAUCGCUACAAACAGUUUAUUUGGGAGAAUGACUGGAACGAUGGACUGCUGGCACGACACCCGACCCUUACCUACUACAGUGGCAUCUUCUUGUGUCAACAAGCCUCAACACUUCAACAUGUCGAGGUGGUGUUCCGCCAUUUGAACUGCAUGUGCUAUUCAGAGGACGUCAACGACAGCUACAACAUGGGCGCUCUGUGUGAGCUGCGUGUCGACAACACGUCGCCGACCUGAACGCUUCGAUGCGUGAAUUGAUCUCAUAGAGCAGACCUGUGUGUGGGCCCAGCAACACUGGAAUGUCAGACACCGCCCACUUUCAGCAGUCUGUUGUGUUAUGCAGUUGGGUGUUACACGUUCCGCUCUCACAAGCACGCACGCUCGCAACCACACACACACAACAGGAACUCAAACUCCGGAUGAUAACAACGAAACCAAUCGCUCGUAAGUGUACACAAAGACGCACACACGUUGGGGGCAGUAGAAAAUACACGUUUAUGAACGACAGAAGAAAAAAAAAUGGAGAAAAAAGAGGACAGAAAAGGAAACCCUCCCCACACCUAGACCUGUGCUGAGCCAGCAUGCGACACACGACUGCAUAAUAUUUAAUUACAACUAUUUUCGGUCAAUGGAAAUUUCCCGUUUAUAAAGAUUUCUCGUAAAACGAUUGGUUAGUUUGGGUUGUGAGUAGACAUAUAGCGGACAUUUGCAAGUAAUCUGGAAUCUUAACAUCCUUGUAAUCUGGCGUCAAACGUUUUGGUGAAUACGUUGCGCAAGUCAACAAUCUGAGUAUAUUCUGUCAUAGCUGACUGUUGUUGUGGGGUCGACACAAGAUGAUGUGGUGUAUUUUCAGAGUUUUCCUAUCAAUCGUCAUCGUGGUGCUUCCUUGUAGCUUUGCUCAGUUACAGCUUACUCCAAACCCACUGCCACUCACUAAUGGAGAUAGCAGUGGCUCUGUUAACAUUUCCUGUGGAAUUCCCAGUGGUGUUACAGCCUCAUCAGUAAAUGCUAUAAUUAUCUCACGCUACUUGAAAUCAGCGCCCACAACAGAACAGAUUCUGGCAAGAGCAGAAGACGGUGUCAAUCUAGGACUAGCAUCCCUUGUUGCUAACAGUGGUCUCACUCAGAACACAGCGACAGUGUCUGGCAGUACAAGUCAGAAGUCAAUGACACUGACACUGACACAGGCAAAGUGUGAAGAUGCCGGUACAUAUGUCUGCAAAAUUAGUUAUAAUGCAUCUACUGGUGGUAACAGUCUUACACAAAAUAUCAGGGAAGAUCUUACUGUCACAGUUUUGCUUGGCGACAUUUCAAUAAGUAUUUCUCCUAACUAUCCAUCCUACAAUGUUGGCAAUACUGUGACAAUAUCAUGCGACGCCAGUAUUGGAAGUUCUAACUCUGGACAAGAGUGGAUCUGGGAAUACCAUGAUGGAACUGGAUGGCAUCCAUAUCCUGAAGAAAACAACAUCAUCAAAGCCGACCCUGUUUCAGGAGCAGGUUCUUGUCAGUACUACCGUCAGACCUGCCAUCUAAAUCGUGUCAUUUCAAUGGAAGACAAUGGGAGAUACUACAGAUGUACGGUGAAGAGAGGUGGUGAAACGGCGAAGAGUGAGACCAUCAGAAUAGAAAAAGUAGAGGACCACACCACGUCAGGGACUGUCACCACUACAAAAACAAAGAAUCAGGUCUCUUCUGCUUGUGGUCUUGCCAAUGUGCUCAUUUCUUUUAUUACUUCUGUGUCUCUAGCCGUCAUGAUGCCCAGAGAAAUUUAGGGAACAGUUGUAAAGAAAUGUUAACUUUAAAAGCUUAUGUAUUUUUAAUUUGUAUGUAGAAGAGAAUGUAAUAACAGCUUCAACAAUGUCUAAAUACGACAGACAGUAGAGUUUUUUCUGAAUUUGUAUUGCCUGUCAUUUUCAAAAAGCCAAUCAGUAACAAUGCCCUGCCAGCUAUUGAAAAGCAAGGGAAGACUUCAACCCGACAGCUUAUCUCCAGGUUAGGAGUAGAUGAAGUGAAGAAGCCGACUGGAAAAAGGAUUUGCUAAUGCAUUGCUUGCAGAAGCAGAAAAAAAUACACACCACCUAUAAAAAAAUACAGCUGGCGAAAUAGUAUAUCUCCUGAAAAAAUUCUUUUCAUUGUUGUUCAUUGUUUUCGUCGACUGUGCUUAUUGCGAUUUCCAAAGUGACAGAAGCUUCUCAGUAGAAGUAUGAUAUUUCGCCAUGGAAUCAAGCUUUGGUGCUGUUAACUUUGUUGGCUAAGCACCUACAGUAUGAGCCAGUAUCACUAUGUGUUCCUGCCUAGUAAAACAGUAAACGUGUAAUAGACAAAGAAAAUCAUUUAUGAUUCUUUAUGAUGGUUUGUGAAACAUUUAAUGAAGAACUAAAUGGAAUUUUUCAUGAAAGUCUAUAUUCCAUGAGCUGGAAGAGGAUGUUUUGGUGGUGGAAAGUUACAGCGAUAUUUACAAUUAUUAUUGUGUUCUGAAGGCUGCCAGAUUCAACUAUUAGAGGUAUACGGUGUCACAAACAAUGCACAGAUGCACAGAAGAUUAAACCGUUAAGAGAACGUAGAUAAAAACAAAAGUAAACAGACAGCUAUCACUCGCAUGGUGUGUUAAUUAGAACUCGUCAAAAAAAAUCUAUUAUCAUUACUUGGGUGCCCUUGGCAGCCUUUCAGCCCUGAUAGUAUUUUGAGUGUAAAUAUGUUGAGAUUAAGAACCUUUAUUUCAAUAAUUCACAUACAAUCCUUACUCAGUUCUUUAGGCAGAAAUCCAGCAGAAUUACAUGUGUUCAUAAAUAAUAAAAAAUGCACUUUACAGGUGAAUACUGCCAUUUGCAAUACGUUUUUAUAUGUACACACAAAUUACGUCCCUUGUUUUAAGCCCUGAGUAGUCAGUUUUCUAUGUUAUUGUAGAUGCCGACGGCGAUAUUAUUGUUAUGCUUACUAUAACAGCUUAUUUUAUUGCACAUGUUUUGCAUGUUAUAAUACUGUAUACAUUAUUGUUCUGUAUUCUGAGAGUAAAUUGCUAAUAAACUUGAA